GCGGCGGCCACAGCAGCCUUGGCGGCGGCCGCGGCAGAACUGGCAGCGUCGGCGGCGGGAAGAAAGAAGCCUGAGACAUCCACCUAUGAAGACUGUACGACAAUCCUGACUAGUAAUUGUGGAUGGUGUGGCUGCCAGAUUUAAUUCUGCCCAGCAUCUGAAAUGAAGCUCUCCUAUUGAUGGUUUUGAUUGGCCUAGAGCCAGGAGAGCUGGAUUCAGUUGACUUCAAGAUAAAAAGAAACAGUCUUGGUUAUCAUCAUAAACAUUUGAACCAGUGAUGGUGAAAUGAGAUGAGGCUCCGAAAUGGAACUGUAGCCACUGUUUUAGCAUUUAUCACUUCGUUCCUUACUUUAUCUUGGUAUACCACGUGGCAAAAUGGGAAAGAAAAACUGAUUGCUUAUCAACGAGAAUUUCUUGCUUUGAAAGAACGUCUCCGAAUAGCUGAACAUAGGAUCUCCCAACGCUCUUCUGAACUAAACGCUAUUGUACAGCAGUUCAAACGCGUAGGAGCAGAAACCAAUGGAAGUAAGGCUGCAUCGAAUAAAUUUUCAGAUGAUACCCUAAAGCUAUUAAAGGAGUUAACAAGCAAAAAACCUCUUCAAGUGCCAAGUAUUUAUUAUCAUUUGCCUCAUUUAUUACAAAAUGAAGGGAGCCUUCAACCUGCUGUGCAAAUUGGUAAUGGACGAACAGGAGUUUCGAUAGUAAUGGGAAUUCCCACAGUGAAGAGAGAAGUUAAAUCUUACCUCAUGGAAACUCUUCAUUCUGUUAUUGAUAAUCUGUAUCCUGAAGAGAAGUUGGACUGUGUUAUAGUAGUCUUCAUAGGAGAGACAGAUAUUGAUUAUGUACAUGGUGUUGUAGCCAACCUCGAGAAAGAGUUUUCUAAAGAAAUCUCUUCUGGCUUGUUGGAAAUAAUUUCACCUCCUGAAAGCUAUUAUCCUGACCUGACAAACUUAAAGGAGACAUUUGGAGAUUCUAAAGAAAGAGUAAGAUGGAGAACAAAACAAAACCUAGAUUAUUGUUUUCUAAUGAUGUAUGCCCAGGAAAAGGGCAUAUAUUACAUCCAGCUUGAAGAUGAUAUUAUUGUCAAACAGAAUUAUUUUAAUACCAUAAAGAAUUUUGCACUUCAGCUUUCUUCUGAGGAAUGGAUGAUACUUGAGUUCUCCCAGCUGGGCUUCAUUGGUAAAAUGUUUCAAGCAACAGACCUAACCCUGUUUGUACAGUUCAUAUUUAUGUUCUAUAAGGAGAAACCUAUUGAUUGGCUUUUGGACCAUAUUCUCUGGGUGAAAGUCUGCAACCCUGAAAAAGAUGCAAAACAUUGUGAUAGACAGAAAGCAAAUCUGCGAAUUCGCUUCAGACCUUCCCUUUUCCAGCAUGUUGGUCUGCAUUCUUCAUUAACAGGAAAAAUUCAGAAGCUUACGGAUAAAGAUUACAUGAAACCAUUACUUCUUAAAAUCCAUGUAAACCCCCCCGCAGAAGUAUCUACUUCUUUGAAGGUCUACCAAGGACAUACACUGGAGAAAACUUAUAUGGGAGAGGAUUUCUUCUGGGCUAUAACUCCAGUGGCUGGAGACUACAUCCUGUUUAAAUUUGACAAGCCAGUCAAUGUGGAAAGUUAUUUGUUUCAUAGUGGCAAUCAGGAACAUCCAGGAGAUAUUCUGUUCAACACAACUGUAGAAGUUUUGCCUUUUAAGAGUGAAGGUUUGGAAAUAAGCAAAGAAACCAAAGACAAACGAUUAGAAGAUGGUUAUUUCAGAAUAGGGAAAUUUGAGAAUGGUGUUGCAGAAGGAAUGGUGGAUCCCAAGCUAAACCCCAUUUCAGCCUUCCGACUUUCAGUUAUUCAGAAUUCUGCUGUUUGGGCCAUUCUUAAUGAGAUUCAUAUUAAAAAAGUCACAAACUGACCAUCUCCUAAGAAACCAAGACCUUAUUUUCCCUUGUAAAUUUGUUAAACACAGCUGAGCAUGUACCUUUUUUUUUUUUUUUUUGUAACUUGAAUUCUACCUCUUGUGAAAUCUACUGUAAAUAAGAUGAUUGUCAUUUCCACUUGGAAAGUGAAUCUCCCAUGGAUAAUUGUAUUCAUUCGAACCUAAGCUGUCCUCCAGUUUUAACUUGACUCAAGCAUUUUACAGUUACGACAGCCUGUUAAUAUGACUUGUACUAUUUGGUAUUAUACUAAUACCUAAGAGUUGUACAUAUUGUUACAUUCCUUAAAUUUGAGAAAAAUUAAUGUCAGAUACAUUUUAUGAAGGGGGUACUUUUGAAGUUCAUUUAUUUUACUAUUAUAGACCCUCUUUUAUAGAUUAUCAGGGAUUCUAUAUAUAUAUAUAUAUAUACAUAAAAUGUUAUGGAGUUAAUUUAUUAGAAACACUUAAGAAGUACAUAUUUUUGUGCAGUAAAUUUUUGAAUCAAUACUUUUUUUGAAAACCAGUUACCUUGCUUUUUUAAGUUCUUUCUAUAUCUUUUCUUUGGAAAUGCAGACAUUAACAAAUUAAUGCCAUUUUUCAAAUGCACUGCCAUUUAAGAAUGAAUAUAGAUUGAUUUCCUAAUGAAGUACUUUUAUAAUCAGUGAUUCUGAACAAAAUCUUUUCAAAGGCAUUUGUCAUUCCUUAAAGCCAAGAUUUUAAAGACCAAUGUCCUUCUUGAGGGUUAUUUUACUAUACUGUGUAUGGUGUGUAGCCACAAAAAAAUCAGUCUGAUAAAUUUUAAUGUGCAGGGGUGAGGCCUUCAACCCGAAUUAUCACAGACUGAAGUCCUUAUAUUUCCUCUGAGAUGUAAAAAUGACAAAAUUUUCUUUCCUGUUUUAAUCUUUGUCUUUAAUCCAUGAAUGAGAAGCAUUUUCUCUUUUCUUGAUGCUUUUCUUCUCUCUGUACUCAUUCUGUGAGUCCUGACAAUGUGUUUUCUAGGUAAUGCUGUUGUAUGAGACAUGAUUGGUUUAAUUUUAAAGAAAAACAAAAUUAUAAUACUGGUUUUGGGUGAAAGGUAUUGUAACAGUUGUAUGUCUUUCCAAAAUAAUUUAUUUUAUUGAUUCAGUGAAUGAAUAUCUGAAGAGGACUUAAUUUCAAAUGGUAUCACUACUGUAGACAAAAA